UGUAAUACCACAAGCUUAUAGAAUUAAGCUGUUUUCUUUUCCUUCCUAUUCUUUGUUGGGGUGUGGUUCCCAAUGAAGAUUUUUCCUCUCAUUCAAGAAGCAUUUCUGCAGAAGUGCUUCUUGUUGUCUUUGCUUUUUGUGAGCUUUUGUUAUGCUGAACAUAAGGCAGUUGAGGUAGUUGGGGUUGGAGAAUGUAGUGAUUGUGCUAAGAAUAGCAUUAAGACUAGCCAGGCCUUUUCAGGUCUUCAUGUGACAAUUGACUGCAAGCCAGCAAAUGGGCACUUCAAAACAAGAGGGUUUGGGGAGCUCAAUGAAGAGGGAAAGUUCAAAGUGUCCCUUCCCAAGGAGAUUGUGAAAGAAGGAGAUGAUGAACUAAAAGAGGAAUGUUAUGCCCAACUUCACAGUGCAUUGGCUGCACCUUGUGCUGCCCAUGAUGGCCUAGAAUCUUCCAAGAUAGUCUUCAAGUCCAAGACCAGUGAAGGAAAACAAACCUUUGGAGUGGCUGGUGGCAAACUUAAAUUCUCACCAGUAACAUGCACUUCUGCCUUCCUUUGGCCUCACCCACUUCCCAAAUUGCCACCUUUAAAUUUGCCUCCAUUUCCCAAAUCACACCCACUCUUUGGUCACCCAUUCCCUCCAUUCCCACACAAGGUCUUCCCUCCUUUCCCACCUAAAGUCUUCCCUCCAAAAGUACCAAUCUUUAAGAAGCCUCUUCCCCCACCAGUCCCAAUUUACAAGCCUCUUCCCCCACCAGUCCCAAUUUACAAGCCUCUUCCUCCACCAGUCCCAAUUUACAAGAAGCCUCUUCCUCCACCAGUCCCAGUCUACAAGAAGCCUCUUCCUCCACCAGUUCCAGUCUACAAGAAGCCUCUUCCUCCACCAGUUCCAGUUUACAAGAAGCCUUUGCCUCCUCCAGUGCCAAUCUACAAGAAACCACUUCCACCAAAACCACCAAAAAAAGUUUGUCCACCAGUUCCUGUGUUCAAAAAGCCACUUCCACCACCAGUCCCCAUAUAUAAGAAGCCACUUCCACCACCAGUCCCCAUAUACAAGAAGCCACUUCCACCACCUGUCCCCAUAUACAAAAAGCCACUUCCACCACCUGUCCCCAUAUACAAAAAGCCACUUCCACCACCAGUCCCCAUAUACAAGAAGCCACUUCCACCACCAGUCCCCAUAUACAAAAAGCCACUUCCACCACCAGUCCCCAUAUACAAAAAGCCACUUCCACCACCAGUCCCCAUAUACAAGAAGCCACUUCCACCACCAGUCCCCAUAUACAAAAAGCCACUUCCACCACCUGUCCCCAUAUACAAAAAGCCACUUCCACCACCAGUCCCAACUUUCCAAAAGCCACUUCCACCUCCCAUCCCAUUUUACAAGCCAAAGCCACAUCCAUUCUUUAAGCCUCACCCUCCAUUGCCAAAGAUUCCUCCAUUCUUCAAGAAACCACCACUCCCAUUUUACAAGCCAAAGCCACAUCCAUUCUUUAAGCCUCACCCUCCAUUGCCAAAGAUUCCUCCAUUCUUCAAGAAACCACCACUCCCACCACUCAUUCCAAAACACCCUCUUCUUCCCAAGCUUCCUCCUAUCCCCAAAAUCCACCCAAAAUAUUACCCCCACCCAAAGCCCAAGUUUCCUCAUAUUCCAAAAACCCACCCAAAAUACUUCCCCCACCCAAAGAUUGGCAAGUUACCGCACCUGCCACCUUUGGUUCCUCAAUAUCCUUAGGCUGUUGCAGACUUGCAGUACUAUUUUUUUCAGUUGUAAGUAGGAUCAUGGAUGUUGUGUGCUGAAAAUAAGUUAAACCUUCAAGCCUUAUAGAGAAGCCAAGAUCAGAGAGGGAACUCAGAGAGUGGAACUGAAACAUUGUUUCCCUUAUUCUAUUUAUUACGAAAUCGACUUGUGUGGUAAUCCCAGUGUUAAUAAAUUUUCAGAUGCUAAUUAAUCGUGUCAUUUCGGGUUCA